AUGGGAAGCAGGCCAGUGUCAGUCGGUCGCUCGCUGCCACGCUGCUGCUGCUCGUCAUUCGACACGAGCUUACGCGCCCGCCUUUCUACUCGUCUUACGACGUUCAAGGUCAAGGCGACGGUUCGGUCCCGCGGCGGAGGACGUCGCGGCGGUGGUGAAUACUUGGUGCAUAUCGUUAGUUACAGUGUCUUUGUAGAGCGUCUGUUCGUUUACGUAUUUAUUCAAAUAUGUUUGCUCAAAUGAAAUCAAAAUUAAAAGAUCGCACACGGUAGACGAACACUCGCCCAGUACUAAAGAAAUGCCGGCACGAUUCAUCUCUAACUUGGUGAGGACUUAAACGCAAGGAUAACGGCGUUGCCAUUGGGCGUGGCGCGUUGCGACUGUUGCGCGUGCCAGCUGGACCACCCGGCUCAGCAGCAGUACCAUUACCACCACCCAGCGGGGGCGGCGCAACAGCAUCAUGGGUGUGGCAACUGGGGCUCCACCUCCGC